AUGCAUUGAUCGAGGCACGGUCCAAUCCCUUUUUGACCUUUUUAUUGGUUUAUUUUCUCGUAGUAUAACUAUACCUAAAGCACAUCUCCACAACAGGCGUGUACGAGUAUCAACGCAGAAUGGCAGGGAAGGAUCCAUGCCCCCUGAUAGUGGUUCGUCCAUACCGCAGUAGUGUUGAUGACAAGUUGGUAGUGCUCGUGGAGAAACUGCCACCCAGGCUGGAGGUGACUCUUCACGCUCUGCUUCACUCUGAAGAUGGUGAUUUUUGGGAGGCAUUUGGACAUUAUGUCAGUGACGACAAGGGAUGUGUUGAUGUUACCAAAGAUGCUAGCACUGGGGGAUCCUAUGAUGGAUUCGAGCCAAUGGGUCUCCUUUGGAGCAUGAGACCAGUCCCUGGAAGCAGACCUGGCCUCAGAUUGCGGAAGAAGGAUGUGCACGCUCCAUGGAAUGUCCACAUUUCAGUCUACCAGAAGCACUUGGACGCGGGGUUUAAAGAGACAGUGCCCCUGGCGUGUGCUGUGGCGGAGCGCUGGUACGUGGCCCCUGGGGUCCAGAGGGUCGAUGUCACUGAGAGGGGAAUUAAAGGAGCCCUGUUCUUGCCUCCAGGUCCUGGGCCAUUUCCUGCUCUGCUGGACCUGUGGGGUGGAGGUGGGGGCUUGGUGGAGUACCGGUCGGCACUGCUCGCGUCCCACGGUUACGUCUCUCUGACCCUGGACUACAUGACCCCUAAGAUCACUGGAGAUACCGCACAGCAUGUGGGCAAUGACUACUUUGAGGCAGCAUUUCAAGUGUUGCAGGAGCACCCCCUGGUGUCCGCAGAGAGGAUUGCGAUAAUGGGCCUGUCGUUUGGCACGUCUGUUGCUCUAGGCAUGGCCGUGUAUUCCACAAUCAUAAAGCCAAGGUGUUUGGUGUGUGUGAGUGGGAGCCAUGUCAUGCCUGUGAACGGGUCUCUAUCAGAUGUCUUCGCUGAGAUCAAGAAAAAUGUCAGGAACACGCGUUAUGAUGAGGAGCAGAGGGUGAUAUGGAGAGAUCUGCUCAUGCCCAUUCCUGACGAUCCUGCCAAGAAAGUGGAAGUUGGUCGGCUACAGUGUCCUGUCUUACUCAUAGUGGGAGAAGAUGACCAGAACUGGCCAACCUCCGAGUCUGCGGAGGAUAUGAAGCAGAUGAUGGAGCAAGCAGGUAACGGCCACCUGCUGUCCAUAGCAUCCUACCCCGGCGCCGGCCACCUGAUAGAGCCGCCCUACGUCCCACACGUACGCGGCAGCAACUUCAUGGUGGCAGCAUCGAGGACAAAGGUGGUUGUGCUGUGGGGAGGUCAGACGUUGGCACACUGUAAGGCCCAGGAGGACGCCUGGCAGAAGACCCUGGCCUUCCUACAGGAGCAUCUCUACAAGUGACGCACGCAACGCUAGCCAACCACGCCUGCUGCUGGAAGGGGACCUCAGGCAAUGCUACAGGUUGUAACGUACUGUAGGUAGAUUUCCUAUUUGGUUGCCCAGCAGGUUGGAAGCUCAAAUUAAUUGCCUUGUCAUUCAAAAUGCAGAGAGACAGCGGCGUCCUCUUUGACUUAAGACGUAUUUUAUUGCGCUUAUAGCUAGUGGAGGUGUGUGAAGCAAAUUCAGAAGUGCCUUUUACAAAGGAGCAAGUGCUGCCUUAAAGACCUUUAUUGAGCACCAGCAGUUGAAGUGGCUCAGUGAGAUCAUAACUCAAAACAAGUCUGAAAUCAACGUAUACCAGUCUAUUGCCAACCUCAUAACUCAAAUAUAACAGACUUCUUACCACACGAAUACACCGGCUGCGACCUGAGCAAGGCGAGUGACGGAAGUAAUUGACUUUGUAUUGAGUCAGUUUGUAGUUGAACUCCUGGGAAUAUUAUACAAAUUGGCUAUGAUGCGGUUCUGUGACAGCCGCUACAGUGAAUGACUGUAUAGAGGUCAGUAACCACAGCCAAUUGGAAUGCUGUAAUGGUUGCAUUCUGCUUUUAACAGACAUAUUCUAGUCCCUUCAAUUGCUCGUAUCGCUCUUGCUGCACAGAAGCGAUUCUCUGUCGCUUGAAUCUCGUCGCGGUCGGUGUAUUCACCCGGUUAGAGGUGGCUUUAGCCUGGGUCAAUCAAUAUCAAAUGGCUGUCUAUGGCUUCAUACAAUCAAUCACAAUCUGCAACCAAGCUACUAUAUAAACAAUCACACCACUCAUCAGAUGUAUGCAUAGUGAUCAUACCUGUCAACCAUCCCUAAUUUCACGGGAAACUCCCUAAUUUUGACUCAUUUCCCGAUUUCUUCCUGAUUUUAUUUUUUUCCUGGAAAUAUCCCGGAUUUUUCACAUUAUCAAAAAACACCGUCGGUCCAGUAGGCUAUUUAUAGGCUACCCACGGCCCUGUCCGAGCCACACCCCCUCUUGAAGAGAGAGACAGAGGGUCUUGCUUAUCAAGCUACCUGCCAGAAGACGGUAUGCCAGAUACCACCAAGAAUUGAAGCUCCUUGAAAAUAAGAGCUGUCAACCUCGAGCUCCGUAGCGCUUGUGCGCCCACUCUGUUCCUCGGAAACCGUCUGUUCAUACAACGCAUAAAACGGCCUCGGAACAGCGAAUCAUGCGAUUAACCUAAUCACAACCUGUACCAGCACAAGUUUUGCACGAACAGACAACUUGUGCGACAAAACAACAAGAAGAAACUCAUUGCGCUCAUUUCAUUGUUUUGCUUUCAUUGCAUUGUUUCUCCACGCUGUAAAACGUGUGCUGAGGGAUUUUAGACAGGAUCUGUCUUUGCACGCGCGCUGUUGUGAAAAGCAGAAUAGAAUGCACCGUCCGAUCUGUCUGUCAUCCCGUUGACUGUCAAAAUUUGGCCUUUAGAAAAUUUCCCGGAUUUUGGCUUAAAAUAUAGGAAUUUUCCCGGAUUUGGGGAGUUCAAAGUUGACAGGUAUGAUAGUGAUUCAAACUGAAACCCCACCGAUAAAAGCUGUCUGCCUUGUGCCAUCAUGUUAAGUCUUAUAUAUACAGUUUGUCACCUCAAUCACUCUGGAGUAACCGGGUGUUUUGGCCACCUUUCUCAGGGAAUACUGAAAAGGUAAAUAUAACCCGCUUAGCCUGACGGCCUUGAUAAGGGCAUUUUGUGCAUUGUAUGAAUGGCCCAUCGUGGUCCAGGUAAUUUUAAUCUUGUCGAUAAAGAUUAAAUACAAUAAAGCGAUGAAGUGAAAUACAAUCAUGAUCUUGCCAUGCUGCACUUGAACCUCUGAGCAUAGCUCUUUGUAGACAGCCUGGGUCUGUCCCCAUUCUGCUUUCUCAACCUCCAAGAGACGAUUAUGUUUUGAACUCAAGCUGCAAACAGAAGUCCAGCCAUCUCCCUGCGUUUUUAUUUUAAAACACUAUUCCUGUAAAAGUGAUUAUGCUACAACUUUUUUCCUUUUGAUCAAAUUCAAUUGUUUAUUUUUUUAUUAAAAAAUAAUAUUUGUAUAGAAGUGAUACAAUGCUGCAUAAUUUAUAUAUUGUGCCUUUCAGUGCAUACUGUAAAUGAAUAUUUCCACAGAUACACGAAGACAAAGAUUUGUAUAAUCUACCAGUGCCCUGUACUGUUUUACAUAAUGUAUCAGUCCUGUGAAAUUUUGUAUUAAGUUUUCUAUUUUCUUGGCUCGAAGAGCAUCAAAUAAAACAAGCAAUUAUUUAAAUAUG